GCGCAGCAUCCUCAGCUGUCACUUUUAUCACAUGAAAACGCAUGGACGUGUUUGUCAGUGCAGAUGAGGAGUUAGAUGUCGUCAUUUGUUCAUAAACAAAGCAGGUAUACACGCUUUAAUAAAUUGCUAAAGAGCAAUGAGUCGUUGCUUGCGGGUAUUUUUACAGUCAUAUUCAGCUGUGUUUGCUAUCUUGAACACACCCCGCUGAGUACCCCGAUAUUGUUCAAGGGGAAUAAUGGCUGCACAGGAGCCGUCUCCACCAUCUUCCCUGGAAGGUAACAAACCGGGCUUCCCAAAGAAAAUUUUGGCUAACAACCUGGAGGAUAAGCAUUUGUGCAACUCGUGUCAGAAAAUCCUGAGAAGGCCCCUGCAAGCCCAAUGCGGUCACCGCUUUUGUUCGUUUUGUUUCAACAAAAUUGUGAGUUGUGGACCACAGAAAUGCAGUGCAUGCAUCAAAGAAGACCUGUUUGAGGAACCCACCUCAAUCCUUAAGCAAGGUGGUGCUUUCCCUGACAAUGCAGCCCGCAGAGAAGUGGAGGCCUUGGCAGCUGUCUGUCCCAAUGAAGGAUGCACAUGGACUGGAACUGUCAAAGAAUUUGAGGCCAGCCACGAGGGCAACUGUGACUUCAUGAUCAUCCUCUGUCCUUCCUGUAAAGAGCUCAUGAGAGCCAAUGAGCAGGAACGCCACAAUGAGAGAGAGUGUCCGGAGAGAACGCUCAACUGCAAAUACUGCAAAGAACCCUUCCUGUUAAAGAAUAUCAAGGCUCAUGAUGAGAUCUGUCCAAAGUAUCCAAUGAUUUGUGAAGGUUGUGCGAAGAAAAAGAUCCCCAGAGAAAAGUAUGUGGACCAUAUUAAGUUCUGCAGUAAAUUUAAAGCUCCAUGCAGAUUUCAUGUUGUUGGCUGCGAUACGUCUGUGGAGAAAGAGAAGAUCCAUGACCAUGAGCGCCAGUGUUCGUAUGAACACCUUAACCUGCUUCUGCAUUUCAUCAUGGGCAUCAAGGUGAGCCUGGAGAGCCUGCAACCCCAAAGCCUGGAGGUGGCCAGCCAGAAGCUGCAGGAGCUCCACCAGUCCCUCAGGGAUCUGGAACUCAAGAUGAGCCAGCUGGGUGGGUGUGUUGCAGCUCCCGUGCAGGGAGCAUGUGCCCCGACCCUAACCACAUCCUUCACCCCGCUGCCCAGUGCCAUGGGUGCCGCUUUGGAACUGCAGCUACAGAGUGAAAAAACCAAAGUGGCUGAGCUAAGCCGGCGCUGCCAGGAGCUGGAGCUCAAAGUGAGCACUUUUGAAAACAUUGUCUGCGUCCUCAACCGCGAGAUGGAGCGCUCCUGCACUACCAUGGAGGCCUACAACCGCCAACACAGACUGGAUCAGGACAAGAUUGAAAUCCUCAAUAACAAGGUUCGUCAGCUGGAGAGAACGGUGAGCCUGAGGGACCUGUCCAUCGUGGAGAUGGAGGGGAAAAUGAGAGAAAUGUCCGCAGCCACUUAUGACGGCAUAUUUGUCUGGAAGAUCUCUGAUUUCACCAAGAAGAGGCAGGAUGCUGUGGCUGGCCGGGCCCCUGCUAUGUUCUCUCCUGCCUUUUAUACCAGUAAAUAUGGCUACAAGAUGUGCUUGCGGAUCUACCUGAAUGGUGAUGGGACGGGGCGAGGCACCCACCUGUCUUUGUUCUUUGUGGUGAUGAGAGGACACAGUGAUGCACUCCUCAAGUGGCCUUUUAAUCAAAAGGUCACCCUUAUGCUGCUCGACCAGAACAACAGGGAGCACAUAAUUGAUGCCUUCAGGCCUGACAUUUCAUCCUCAUCCUUCCAGAGGCCUGUCAGCGACAUGAACAUCGCCAGUGGUUGUCCGCUCUUCUGUCCGCUCUCAAAGCUGGACUCUAAAAACACCUAUAUACGUGAUGACACCAUUUUCAUCAAAGCCAUUGUAGACCUAACAGGCCUUUAGGUAAAAGUUGAGGGCAUGAAUCCAACUCUGCCUUUUGUUGCUACUAACCUGUUUAAGUCAACAGGAUUUUGUAUCACGAGAAAUUGGGAUUUGCCUUUUGACAUUUAUUUGGUUCUUUUGAAUUUGGUAUGAUUUUAUUGGUGGCAAUAUGCAAGACCAGAGCAAGUUCUUUUGGGCCACUUGCCACUGGCCAAAAACUUGUGUAGCCAUUCUUAUCUUACCAAUCGAACUGAGUUUGUGUUUGACAAAAAUUGCAAAUACCUACCAAAGUGAAAAUAACAUCCAUACUGGUAUUUGGCUGAUAACGUGUUAUUUUCCCUCCCCCAAGAAGUCCCUCAAUCUGCAUUUGAACAGAUAAAAACAUUCCAGGACCUGUGUACAACUAUAAUAAUGUGACUAGACAACUAUAAUAAUGUCAUUGCUAUGGCUUCUUGUACUCUACAUGGGUCUGAUAACCUUAAGUUUCUCGCAAAAGUGUGGCCAGUGUUUUGAAACAACUGUGCUAUCCUAAUGACAAAGUAAUAGGGAAUAGCUAGCAUGCUUAUUAUAAGUCCAUCAAAUGAAGUGUACGUUAGUGAAUAUUGGAUUUUUACAAACUCCUUAAAAAUCUAAUAUUAUUGGCACCCUUAAAAGAUUUAACAACAGGAGAUUCGUUUAGCUGAUAAUGUUUUAUUUAAGUUUCCAGACAUGUGUCUGACAACUUGGUGAUGUGGUAAAAAUAAUUUUUAUCUCCUUAGUACUGUUUUUGUCUCCACCAACUCUUAAAAAGGUUUUUGUGGCUCGUUAGCUAGCUAGCUAAACUAGCUAACAACUAUCUUGUUAGCUUAAUUUGUUUUCAGACAGUAGGUUUGACAGUGAAAACAACUGCCUGCUGUUGGGAACAGGCUGAAUCAGAGUGGUGUGACUGAAUUAAAACUGUGUAAUCGAGCUGUUUUAUAUGACAUGUAGUUUCGUGGCCAAUCAUUAAUAUAAAAAUUCUGGUAGAGCAGCUAUAAAAAGAAAAAAACAAACUGUCCACUACAGUGCUCAUGUUGAAGCUAAUGCUAAUUUGUUAGCUUAUUUUAAGCAUUUAGCUUAAAUUUGCAACACCAAAACCUGUCCUAAAUGACUGAAAAUAUUGAACCUUAGACCAGUGACACCGUAGCUUUGUAUAUUGAACGGCUUACAGACAUUGCAAGGUCUAGGCUCUUUAUUGAGUUUAUUGCCUAACAUUUGGUAAGCUGGUUUUUUUUUUUCUUUACAGUCAAGUUUGUCACACUGUUAAAGGAACUGUAACAGUGUGACACCCAUGUAGCCUACAGAAUAUUGCGCAGCUGUGCACACAGUUUGUAGUGCAGUAGAAUUUCAAACUGGUUUGCUUUUUUUUUUCCCCCCAUUCUGUGCCUCCAACUCAGACUCCUGUGUUCAUUGAUAAUCAUUUGUGGUGGUGGGCAUUGCUUGAAUUCCAUGAAUUCUGAAUGCAGUAUUUCACUCGAACGUUCGGUCUGUGAGUGUCUGUGUUCAUGUGUACACUGUUCCAUUUCUUUUGUUAUUUGCAGGGUUAGUUAAUGUUGGAUCUGUGGAAGAUACAGUAGCUUGCAGCAGUGUGCUGUUUGCCCAUGAAACAGUAACAGAGAUGGUCGUUGAGCUGAUUUGCCCAAAUGGAAAUGCAACAUAUUUUAUUAAAAAUAAACAUAUAUUUGCAUACAGGUUCUAAAAAAGUCUAUAAGUAUCUUUUGAUAGUAAUCUCUGGCUUUUUCAAAAAAGUAUUUGUUCUAGCUAAUCCAGUUGAUGUCGAUUGCUUGGUUUGUAACAUUGUUCAGUUGGUUAGUACAUGUUAAAAUAGCAUCCACAGCCACUGGGACGUUUUUUUUCUAGCUGAACAUUACAUUGUAAAGAAAUGAUUGUUUUUCACUUCCCCUGUCAGUGGUUUUAAUAUUGUGACAGUUCGUCCAUGUGAUACUUGGGACACUUUCCUUGUUAAACUCUCAAAAGCUCCUGAGAUGGGAUGAGACAAAUCACUGAAAUUGGUGACACUGAAAGGAAAUGUGCCCCCUACUAGCUAGUGGGUAACAUGAUUUUCUCUAUGAACAGUACCUUUAACAGUACAGAAAGUACAUCAAGUGUCAUCACAGAAACACAAAGUCAGAACAAAGCUACACUGAAACAUGAAUACAGUGAUGCAAAGUGAGAAAAUAACUACAAUGAUACAGACUAAUAAAAUAAGUACAAAGUGAUUCAAAACCACAAGCUGGGGAAAAUGACCAUAAGUAGCUAAAUCAAGAGAAUGUCAACAAAGAGAUUUAAAAAUGAUUUAAAGCGACAACUACAGAAAGAUGCAAAUCUAUUUUGAAGAGAGUAAAUAACUGCAAAGAUCAAACAACAAAGACUAAAGGAUUACAAAGAUAUGCAGAGAAAAUGAUGCAGAAUAAACAGAUUCAGGGAGAUGGAUUACUAUUCCAAAACAAGACCUACAAAGAAAAAUCCUGAAGACCAAUGGCUACAAAAUGAUAUCACUUAUCAUUUGCAGGAAGAUUUAAAACGAUCUAAAAGAAGGAAAAUGACUUCGCAGAAUAACUAAAAACAGACCUAAUAAUUACAAAGAGAGACAAAGAGAUGCAGAACAACUUCAAAGAGCCAUCUCUUCAGCGAGAUGCAAAGCAAUUUUAAAGAUAAAAAAUGUCCACAAAAAGAAAAUAACUGUCCCCACAAGAAGCCCCAGAACAAACAGAUAUGUUGAAUGAAUAAAAUGAGAUUCAGAUGACUUCAAAGACACAGAGAGAUGCAAAAAAACUACAAAGACCAGAUGACUCCACAAAUAAUGUAAAACAUAAAUAGAUGUAAAAUAACUACAGAAGAGAUUGAAAACCAUUUCAAAGCAAUGUCAAAAAGAUAGGACAAACUUAAUCACCAAGUACAACAACAGUGAGAUAUGAAAAAUAAUUUCAGUGAUGGAAAAUUCCCACAGGGGAAUUUAAAAUGUGUACAGAGACAAAAAAAAACACCUCAAAGAGAGACAAGAGUACACAGACAUGCAUAAAACAGUCACGCACUGAGAUGUAAUGAGUACAUGGACACACUGCUUGUAGUCAUUUUGUGUUUCUUUGAGUCUCACCGUCUAGUUCUUUUGUCACAGAGGGGCUCAUUGUCUCACAGGCUACUUUAAGUUACAAACCGUAGCGUUUAAUUGAUAUUAUUUAGCUUAAAUGAUUUAAUCUUCAUGCUGUGAGGUUAUUAGAUGCAGAAAACUUCAAGAUUGCUGUAUUUUCAUAUGGGUGUAACCUUUGUUCUCAGACACAGGCGUGUGGAGGCUGGAGCUGAGUGAGAUACGAAAAUCUUGGGUUGGAAUCCGAGUUGAGAUAUUAAAAGAGCAAAUUGUUGAUGUUGUUGUAAUAUUAUCCUAUUUUUGGCUUUCUUCACAGGUUUGAACUGACCUACUUUUUACAGAAAAAAGAAGUGCCUGUACCUGUAGUGUUUUUUUGUUUUGUUUUGUUUUCACGAUCCCAUCAGGAUGAGAAUGUGCUUUUCUGUGAGUUCAAACUCACAAUAUGACGCUUUUGAUUUGUGCGGUGUAUUUAUUUAUUUAUUUUUAAAUUCAGCAUUUUUAUUGUCCUUCUUUUACGAGGCCCCUUUACUAGAUGUGAUAAAACUUAAGUGACUUAAGAAUGUUUCUCUUUACAUACAUAAACUAGUGAAUGUUAGAUGUUAUCUUUAAUUGAAAACGAGGUCAGCGCAUUGUAACUCGCAGCUUUUGGCAUCUGCACCUAAACACAUCGGCAUGUUUUUAAAUCUGUCAAAGGACACUGAUACCUCUCUGUGCAUGAGAUGUGUCAGUAGGAAAAAAUACAUGUAUCACUGGUUCAUAUUGUAGACCAGCAUUUUAUUUUUUUAUGAUUUCUUGAUAAAGUAUAAAACAUAUGAGUGUGUGUGAUCUAAUUUUGAUGCUGUGCUCAAGUUUGAAGUGUGUGUGAGUUAACCAUAUCUAAAUAAUACAUAGAUUUUAUUUAUUGAAGAAGUUAUAUGUUGAGACAGUUUAAAAGCAUGCGUUAGCUGAUGGUGACAAGAUGCAGCUGCGGUCUGACCUCAGCAGCUUUUUUUGCUUUCUGGUUAUUUCAGAAACAUAUUUCCUCUGUUAUUCUCUUUAGAAUACGUUGGUAUUGUUGCACAUUAUGUAGAUUACAUUUUGCAUGUGUAACUGCAGCCUCAAAUGAAUUAGCUGCUACAUUUGUGUGACCCUCCAGUGUGCGCUGAUCGGAGCUCAUAGAUGCAGCCUUGCAAGCACUAUGCGGACAUUCAUAUUUAAUCUUACAAAAUGUGCGACCUGAUGUGAGCCAGGACUUCAAAUUUCUUCUUAACAAAAGGGCUUCACAUUUCCUUUUCAUCUCCUAAAUGUCACAUGCAGACAUACAUAGACAUGUCCAGUUUUGGUCCAGCUUAUAGCUUGAACUGUUUAAUAGAGGAAAAAAAAGAAAGGAAAAAAAACCUUCACAGGCUGGGGAACAAAGUCACAUUUGAGCCGAUUGAUGUUAUGCUGUAUCAGCGAUACUGACUUGUAGGAAAUGCCACACUGCCUCACUGUUAUUGCAACAGAAUAAACACUAUGUCGAUGUGAUGUGUGUACUUCAAAUAACACUUCAGAGCUGACAAACUAAACCAGGUUGGUUUAAAUUAUUUACAUAUCUGUUUCUCUCUUCGUGGAUCCGAAGCCCAUGUUGAGAUUAAGAUGACGAGCUUUCAUCUGUAGCAAUGACAUCAAACUGCAGUCUUACUUGUUGUUCUCUCUGCUACAUUCUGUGGAUAGUAAGUCAUGUGUUAGUAAACUCUUUGUACUACAGGAAAUUUGUUCCAUAUUUGUAUUUAAUUUUGACUUAUUAAAGGUUUUAA